AAAAACUUCUUCGGUCGGACGCGAUGAAGGACGUCAACCUGCUCCUCAAGCAUAUCGAGACCGGCUGCCUAAGCGACCCUGAGGGUGUGCCGCUGUACUACCCGACGGGACAGAAUGCCGCGGGGAUCACGACUCAUCGCUGCGUGCGAGGCACCAACUGCACCGAGGGUUAUCACCGCUACCUUCGCAGGCUGCUGUCAUCGUACUGUGCAUCUCCUGCACUGGCCCAUUCUGUUCUCCUCGAGUUCAACUUCCGCUGGAACGUGAGGAUGGCUGUGAAGAACCGCGGCCUACCAAGGGAGGUUGGAGAGUUCUUCGACCAGUAUGAGAUUGAGAUCAUUCAACGUGACACCGCUAGCUGGUACCCAGACAAUCCCCUGUUUCCUGAAUGGGUGUCUGCGCUGGACGUAGCAGAUACUGGUGAGAGGAGCGACCUUUCUCAGAGCAUGUGGGGGCCUGCUAGUGGUGGUGACGCGCCGGGCGAUCUUGUUGACGAGCAAGCGUCGCCCCAACAUGCCAUACCCAUGCCAAAGCCCACGCAUUCUGCGAAAAAGUACGCCGAAAUGAUGAACAUCGGCAUGCCGUGCACGCCCGUUCACACUGGAGCAGAGAGGCGGAAGUUUACAUGCGAGAUGAACAGCUAUCUCUAUGUGCCGGGAGAGGCGAGGGGGAGGAGGCAGAUCUACGAAAGCAUUAACUUUGAUAGGUGGUCCCACGAAUGGAACAACCAUUGUGCCCAAAUCGAGAGUGGCGCCGUAGAGUGGGAGGCAGUGUACCGUAAAACCUCCCACCAGCUGGAGUCAUACUGCAAAAAUAAUGUAGUUAAACGCGCCAACAGUAGAGUGACGAUGAUGGCUGUACAAAGCAUGAAUAACUACCUGGGCGCGAGGCUGCAGGAAGGGGAAAGCGGUGAAAAUUUUGACGGAUUAGUCGGUACCAUGGCCCCUCCUCCUGUUCAGCGGAGUGUAGCCGGAGGGGGUGCUGCGGGUGCGGAAGGUUUGCCGGAAGCAGGGGUGCUGCGGGUGCGGAAGGAUUGCCGGAAAAUGUAGAGAUGGGUGGUGGAGGAGAUGAUGAUAUGGGGGAUGGUGAGGGUGACGGUGGAGGCAGGGAUGACGUAGGAGAAGCCCCACGUACGAAAGCCAGGGCAGGCACACGGGGGGCGCAGAUGUGCAGUACGUGCGGCCACCGCAGAC